CACCCAAAAUCUAAUGGGGAACAUUUUCCUCAACUUAACUCUUCUUAUCAUCUUCCAUUUCUCUCUGACCACUUUCUCCAUGAACUUAACCACCAUACUUACAGACCAGUCCGCCCUUCUUGCAUUCAAAGACCGUGUUGUCCACGAUCCUCAAAAUGUGUUGGCAACCAAUUGGUCAUCUUCUUCCCAUGUUUGCAAUUGGUUUGGUGUCAGCUGCGGCUUCAAGCACCGCAGAGUCACGGCUCUAGACCUUACAGGGCUGGGACUUGUAGGCACCCUUCCACCCCACUUAGGAAAUUUGUCAUUCCUUUCUCUUCUUUCCAUCAGUGAUAACAGUUUUCAUGGUAGAUUACCAGUCCAAUUAUCAAAUCUGCACCGGCUGAAACAUAUAGACUUGGGUAACAACAGCUUCAGUGGAGAAAUCCCAUCGUGGUUAGGAUCAUUAACUGAACUUCGGGUGUUGCGUUUGUACUUUAAAAACUUCAAUGGUGUUAUCCCACUCUCUUUAGGCUAUUUGCCAAAGGUAGAGGAGUUGAGCUUGUAUGGAAACCAGCUUUCAGGUUCAAUACCCUCCUCCAUUUUCAAUAUAUCUUCGGUGCAAGUUAUUGAUCUAGGGACUAAUAUGUUCACCGGUUCCAUACCCUUUGUUCCAACCGAUUUGCUUUCGCUUGAACUCAUCAAUUUCAACUUCAAUAAUCUCACUGGUCAUUUUCCAAACGAUACGUUUGAUCGUCUUCCGAAUUUGAAAGAAUUUUCCUCCAGUGUUAACAUGCUUUGUGGUAGAAUUCCAACCAGUUUAUUCAAGUGCAGAAAGUUACAAACUCUGUCCUUAUCACGUAACCAAUUGGAGGGGAGCGUACCAGUAGAGAUUGGGAAUUUGAGCAUGCUUCAGUUCUUCUCUAUUGGUCAGAACCACUUUCAAGGUGAAAUUCCAGAACAGAUUGUGAAUCUAACUCUUCUUAGGCUGUUUGAUUGUUCCCAUAACAACUUCACAGGUAUGAUACCACAACAGAUUGGCAACCUAAAGAUUCUAGAAUUCUUGAAUUUGGAAGAUAACAAACUUGUUGGUCCAAUUCCUCCUGCAAUAUUCAAUACAUCAACUCUGAAUGUCAUUUCUCUGCUACUAAAUCAGCUCUCUGGCAGUCUUCCAUCAAACAUGGGGAUUUGGCUUCCAAACCUGGAGGGAUUAUAUAUGGGGAACAAUCAACUUUUUGGUCCAUUCCCAAUGUAUAUUUCAAAUGCCUCUAAGCUUACUAUUCUUGAUAUGUCACAUAAUUACAUUUCAGGGUCUAUUCCUGACACUCUUGGAAAUCUUAAAAAUUUGAAGAAACUCAACCUGGAAGUUAAUAAUCUAACUUCCUCAGGGAUGAGCUUUCUCUCUUCUUUGACAAACUGUAGAGGCUUGGAACUCUUGGAUUUUGGUAGCAACCAAUUGAUCAGUGGUAAACUCCCAGGUUCGGUAGGAAAUUUCUCAGAUUCUCUUCAGGUAUUCUUUGGUGCUAGGUGCAACAUCAGGGGUAGCAUCCCGUAUGAAUUUGGCAACUUAAGUCACUUGAUGGCCAUAAAGCUAGAUGGCAAUAAAUUGACAGGAACGGUUCCUACUACAAUUGGAGGAUUAAAAGAGCUGCAGAGUCUUUCUCUUUCGGGCAAUAAGUUAGAAGGAUGGAUCCCGUCCGAGUUAUGUCAGCUAAACAAGUUGGGUUUCUUGGUCUUGACCAACAACAAAAUGUCUGGACCGAUACCUACUUGCUUGGGUGAUGUUGUUUCUUUGAGGCAACUACUCCUUGGCUCCAAUAUGUUUUCUUCUUCAAUACCUUCAACCUUGACAGGGCUUAAUGAUCUCCUGAUCCUGAACUUGUCUUCAAAUUCUCUCACUGGUCCUCUUCCAAUUGAUAUUGGAAACUGGAAAGUUGUGACUAGUAUGGAUUUGUCGAACAAUCAGUUCUCGAGUGAUAUCCCUACUGGAGUUGCAGAUCUCAAUGACCUCACUUAUUUUUCCUUAUCCAAUAAUAGAAUUACAGGCUCUAUUCCUGAUUCAUUUGGUGACUUGCUGAGCUUGGAAACCUUGGAUUUGUCGAGAAACAGUCUAUCUGGAGAGAUUCCCAAGUCCUUAGAGAAACUUCGUUAUCUCAAAUAUUUCAAUGUCUCUUUCAAUAGACUUCAAGGAGAAAUUCCUAAUGGAGGAUCAUUCGGAAACUACUCAAUUGAAUCAUUCGAGGGGAAUGCAGCAUUGUGCGGAGCAGCUCAACUUCAUGUCCCAAGCUGCAAAACUAAGCCUCAUAGAAAUUCUAAGGCAAGAACUAAGCUCAUAACAUGUGUUGCACCACCGAUUGCCUCUACAAUUUUGGUGGUGGCUCUAAUUAUCAUUUUCUUCCGAAGUAGGAAGAAGAAAGUAACAUUUGAAACUCAAGAAGAGUUGCUACCUUUAGGAAUGUGGAGACGAUUUGCAUACCCAGAGCUUUAUCAAGCUACUGAUGGAUUCAGUGAAAGCAGAUUGCUUGGUAGCGGAAGUUAUGGUUCAGUAUAUCAAGGGACUCUCCCAGAUGGAAUGACAUUUGCGGUAAAAGUCUUCAAGUUAGAUCUAAAAGGAGCCUUUAAGAGCUUCGACGUCGAAUGCGAAGUUCUUCGCAACACCCGCCACCGAAAUUUAACCAAAAUCAUCAGUAGAUGCUCUGAUAAUCUUGAUUUCAGAGCCUUGAUACUUGAGUUUAUGCCCAAUGGGAGUCUUGAUAAAUGGUUGUAUUCCAGCAAUCAUUUUCUGGAUAUCCUACAAAGGCUGAACAUACUGAUAGAUGUUGCAUCUGCUUUAGAGUAUCUCCAUCAUGGUCAUACAACACCAGUGGUUCAUUGCGAUUUAAAGCCCAGCAAUGUUCUAUUAGAUGAAGAUAUGGUUGCGCAUUUAACUGAUUUUGGAAUCGCAAAACUCUUAUGUGAAGAGGAUUCGAUGAUCCAAACCAUGACCCUUGCUAAGCCUACAGAUGAAAUGUUUUCCAAAGAAAUGAGCUUGAGGAGGUUGGCGAUAGAGACGUUAACAUCUAUGCUAAACCAAGUUGGAGACACCAAUUUUGUAAGCACAGCUAGGAGGAAUCAUUUAGCAGCCAACAUUUGUGCAUUAUCAGUUCUGCAAGUUGCCUUAGAGUGCUCAGAGGAGAUACCAUGUGAAAGACUUUCCAUGAAAGAAGUUAUUACAAAGUUAGAGAAGAUCAAAGACAACUUCUUGAAGGAUAUUGAAUGA